CUAGUGAGUUAAAAGUGGAAUUUGGCUUUAGCUUCCCCACUCUUUCUUCCCAUAAACCUCUCCUAAACCCUUCCAAUCCAAUCACCAAACCACCAUGAAUUCCUACAACACCAACACCCCAAACUUCGACAACCUUCUUCUCCAAUCCCUAAUGAACCGCCUCCAAAUUAACCCUCCAAAUCCACCUUCCAAACAGUCCCUUGAAGAUCUCCUUUUCAACACUCUCCCUUUCGACGAUGACGAUGAUGAUGAUAACAACAACGACGACUCUUCCUCGAAAUUCGAGCUGGCAAAAGAAGAAUCUCGGGUCGAAAAAGAAAUAAUCCGAACAAUCCUAACUGGAAAAAUUGAUUCCCUUAAACCCAAUUCGGGUCAAGCUGUUUCAAUUGGUGAACACCAUAUAUGUGUCGGGUUUCAUGAGGAUACGGGUUCGGAUUAUCGGGUUUGGGAAUGGCAUGGUCAUGUAAUGCUUUUUGAUGAGGAAAAUGGGUAUACACCUGAAUACAUUUAUGGGAAUUACUUUGAAAGAGUUAAUACUAAGCUCAUGAAGAAGAAAGAAGAGGAAAAGGAAGAACAGGAGAUUGAAAAAGAUGAAGAAGAAGAAGAAGAAGAAGAGGAGAAAAGUGGGAAUUUGGGGUUGAGAGAGUUGAUUGAAUCGGGAGAAUCGAAUAACGAGGGUCGGAUACUUAGGAGGAAUAUGAAUGCUGGCGCUAAAAGGGUCUAGAUGUUUGCUGUUUCCGCUAAAGAAAACAAUGAGGUUCCUGCAUGUUUUCCAUUGGCUGCAAGGAGAUUUUUUACAUUUCCUUUUCCAAGCUACUUGUUGUUCAGAUAGCAUAUUUGCAAAUUAUGAAAU